AUGUCGUACUCAGCCGCCUGCUGCUCGAUCCCCCCUGUCAUCUCGAAAGGUUACAGAGAAAAGGGAACUUAUGAAAAUGUUGCAGGAAUGAAAACAUACGUGACGGGCCCUCCUUCGGCCAAGAACGCCAUUCUCGUCGUGUUCGACAUUUUCGGAUUCUUCCCCCAGACACUCCAAGGAGCCGACAUCCUCGCCCUCAGCGACAGGAACAAUUCCUACCGUGUCUUUGUCCCUGACUUCUUUGAGGGAAAGGCCGCAGAUGUUUCGUGGUACCCGCCAACGACUGAGAAGCAUCGUGAUGCUUUGGGCAACUUCUUCAGCGGCACUGGAAAUCCCUCCAAAGCUGUUGAAAGAAUUCCCGCAAUCGUUGAGAGCAUCAAGAAAUCUAACGCGUCAAUUGAGAAUGUCUUUGCUCUUGGGAUGUGCUGGGGUGGCAAGGUCGUUACGCUUCGUAGUGGCGAGGACUCUCUAUUCAAAGCAGUCGCUCAAGCUCACCCUGCCAUGUUGGAUCCCGAGGAUGCUAAGAACGUGAGAGUGCCAAUGUGUAUUCUCGCUUCAAAGGACGAAGAUGCCGCAGCAGUAGCUGGUUUCCACUCCAAUCUGCAGGUCCCCAACCAUGUCCAAACUUUUGACGACCAAAUCCAUGGCUGGAUGGCCGCACGAGGAGACCUCGAGGAUACAAACGUCAACGAAAAGUAUCGCCAAGGCUAUCAGACUAUACUACAAUUCUUUGGCCGUCAACUGUAA